GAAUUGUAUACACAUGGCUGAGUUAACGGAGAAAAGUCAACUCCUCGCUUGUGUGCUUAAAAAAUAGGAAUUUAAAACUUUAAAAGUGACACUUCAUGAAACUGCCUUUACUGUUUUUAAGAAGACAUAUCUUCGAAAAUGAAUUCUAACGUCAUGGAGAGCAUUAACGUUCCUCCUUGGCCCAUAACGGCAGCUGUCUUAACUUUGGUGACGGCUGUAGUAUAUCACUAUUUCACAAAAGAUAAAAAAGUACCUCCAGGACCAAUUGGAAUACCGUAUUUCGGGUAUUUCCCGUUCUUGGAAAAGGAAAGUCUGCAUACUCAUUUGGAAAAAAUCGGGGAGAAGUAUGGAGACUUCUAUAGUUUUACCUGUUGUGGACAACUCUACAUACAUCUAGGAUCUCACAAGGCAGUUAGAGAAGUCUUGGUGUCAAAGAGUGACUGUUUCGAAGUGAAACCUGACUUCAUGGAAACUGUGUUUAAAGAUGGACUAAUUCUAGAUAAUGGAGAAUCCUGGAAAGUCCUCCGAAAAUAUUUUAACCAAUACCUGAAGGACAGCGGCUUUUCGACCAUUAAAGAGGAGAAGGCGGGGCCUUUCUAUGACUCCACGCUCGCCAUCAUCUCGGACCUGACGAAUUCAAAAGGCAAGUCCGUAAACAUCACAGAGUUCGUAAUGGAGAAAAGCAUCUACAUCAUCCGUAAGAUUCUUCUUGAUGAAUCUUGCAUGACGGAUGACGAACUUCACUCAUUUGUUGCGGAUUAUGCAGAAAUGACGGCAGGGUUAUUUGACAUGCGAUACUUUCUUUGCUCCAAUUUAGUCAGGACUCUUUUUCAUCCACGGAAUCAUGUAUUUAAAGUGGCACAGAAAUACCAUGACAAAAUAGAAAACUUGUUAUUGAAAGUCAUGCAGCGCAGCGAAUCGACACUAGAUGAAAAUCAUAUACGAGACAUAUUUGAUGCAUAUAUAAUGGAGCGACUUUCCAGGAAAAGAAAAAAUGAUUCGACAGCGGAACACUUUUCUGACAAGCGAUUCACGUCCUCUGUGAUCCAAAUAAUUGGAGACGGCAUAACUUCUGUGGCACUGUUCACGUGUAACUUCAUCAAAGCCCUCCUUGACCACCCGGAAGAGCAGGAAAAAAUCUAUCAGGAAGUCAUCAGCAUUGUUGGCACAAAUCGACAGCCAGCGAUUGCGGACAGAAGCAAGCUACCAUACACAAAUUCAUUCAUGUACGAAGUGAUGAGGACAACACAAUUCUUUCCUCUAAUUCCAAGUUUACAAUGCACGAAGCAAACAACUAUUAGAGGCUACCGAAUACCAAAGGAUGCUAUAACUGUCUUCAAUUUUUGGGCCAUAAACCACAACCCCCAGACAUAUGAAAAUCCUUAUGAGUUUAAGCCUUCAAGAUUCGUUACAGAUCCUGGAAAGCCAAAACAAGAAUUGCCCAUAAUUUUUGGAACAGGCAAGCGAUCGUGUAUCGGAGAGUACUUCACGAUGAUGCAGUCAUUCCUCUUCCUCACCACAAUCGUCAAAAAUUUCAAGCUCUCUUAUCCCGACGAUGCAAGGAGGAAAGAUCCCGUCAGUUUCAUCGAAGGAAAUAUAUACGCAAUAGCAGAACCUAGACAAGACUAGAAAAUUUCAUGCAAUCAUCGAAUCAGUGAAAGCCCUUGAAAAGACCUUCAAAAACUGGAAAAAGCGGUCGCUGAAGCUUGUUUUCCAAUUUGAAUCAGAUUUUCAAUCUGUUAAGACUCACGUUAGAAGGACCUAGAAGUUCACAUAGCAUAUUUGAGGCAGUGAGAAGCAAAGGGAUGUAAGUGGGCAUUUUCAAGUUUUAAGUAAAACGAAUAAGAUAAGGUCCUAGAUAGGCUUUCAUUGAAAUUUUUUUCUAAAUCAUGCUGUAUAACAGCACCUACCAGGACUACUCGUACUACAUCUUGCCCUAAAACAGAGGAGAGGGUUACCUACCAUUUGUACUGGUUACCUCUAAGUUCUUAAUUUUGCCAUUUACAUCCCUUUGCUUCUCAUUGCCUCAUUUGAAGAUAUUAUACUCACUGCCAAAAGUUAAGCACGAAAAAAAAAUGUUAUUUUCUGGAAGUCAAUCUGAGUUGGCAACAGAGAGGCUCCGAACAAGACCUAUUUCUCAUACAUUUAUUACACGAGUGAUAAAUAAAUCCCCCCCCCCCCCCCCCAAUGUCCACAUAUUUUUUACAGUCCACAUUUUUGCCAGAUCAUGGUGCGGUCCCCUUUGGAGUUUUGUAAAUUUCACAUUUUAAAAUUAGUUUCAUCCCAUUUUUCUCAUACUGGGCCCGCUUUCCAUUUGAAUCCCCUAUUGCUGUUGUCUUUCUAGGCUCUCUCAUGUGGGGACACAAAAAUUCAUUGCGACCGCCCUCAAACCUGAAAAUCCACUGUUGAUGAAGAAGCUGUAAUUUUCUGUAAACGUAUGAGCAAUGUAUUUACCAAUGCGUACUUAAUUUUUGGAAGUGAAUAUCUAUCUGACUGAUGCCAGUUACGAGAAAAAAUGCCUACAUGCGUUAAUAUGGAGACGAAUUCAUUUCAUUCAUAUCCUUAAAACUUGGUACACAGAUUGAAUAAAAACUCAAUGUGUGCUGCUUAAAGUUUGAAUUAAUUUCAAUUUAAAAAAAAGUGUUAUUGAAUGUUUCGUCCUGCUUUGACUGAUUUUCGAGCUUAUUUACAUGUGAAAUAGCUUUAUUGAUUUUGGAGCAAAACCCAAGUGCUGUUCCAUAACUUAAAGUUUAAUCAAAUGCUGUUCUGUCAAAUAGAGAACGAACAGUUUCCAAUUUCCUAAUAAAAUUUAUUUUUACUGUUUGACGUAAAUGACUUUUGAAAAAUUUUAAGAAAAAUUAAAAUCUUUGCCGAAAAACAACAAACAAAAGAAAAAGCUUGAACAAAAAAUGUAAAAUUUCAAGGAAGUACAAGCGAACCUGGAUUCGUGGGUUCUAUUGAUUUUAAUGACGCAAGAUCCUUAAGAGGUGCCCCAAUAUUGUCUUUUUGUAUGUUUUGAGCACUAAAUAAACAUUUUACCAUGAUUUCGAACAAAUUCGCAGAAUAAAAAUAAAAAGUGUUUUAAUUGA